AUGAUCAAUAAAGCACAGGCCUUCGAUUCCGCUGAUCAUGGUAUCCUAUUGAAGAAACUGAAGGCUUAUGGUAUAUCAGGCAACCUUUACAAUUGGUUCACAGGCUAUUUACGUGGACGUACUCAGCGUGUUGUUGUCGAAGGUGUUGCUUCAGAAUGGUCUCCAGUCACCUCAGGUGUCCCACAGGGGAGUAUCUUAGGCCCCAUGCUUUUCCUUCUAUUCAUCAAUGAUCUCCCUGAUAUAAUACCUCCAACAACUUCAAAAGGGCUGUAUGCUGACGACACAAAGCUGUACACGGCAAUAACAUCUCGCCAGGAUUGCGAUAAUCUACAAGUAGCUUUGUCAUACGUUGACGAUUGGAGUAAAGAAUCCAACAUUAGCUUCAACACGUCUAAGUGCAAAGCCCUGACAAUAUCCCGACGUAAACAACCGAUUGUGAUAAAUUACCAUCUUGGGUCCGCAGAAUUGAUACGCGUAGAGAGCGAAGUUGAUCUAGGGAUCACUGUUACCAGUAAUCUCUCUUGGAAUAGGCACAUUACAAAACUUGUUACGAAGGCAAAUUCAACGCUGGGAUUAUUACGGAGAACUUGUCCCAUGUUAACAAAUUGCGAUGCUCGAAGAACUUUAUACCUGUCACUUGUGAAAUCACAACUAUCUUAUGCCACAGAGAUCUGGUCUCCGUAUCAGUCGCUUAACAAAAUUAGCUUGGAAAAACUACAAAGACAAGCCACAAGAUGGAUCCUCCAAGUGAAGAAAGGUGACAUUACAUACAAAGAUCGAUUGCUGGCCCUCAACCUACUACCGUUAACAUACGAUAGAGAGAUAAAGGAUUUAACAUUUUUCUUCAAGUUAUUGCAUGGAUACUACGACUUAAAUGUUUCUGAUUAUGUGUCAUUUGUUAGCCAUUGUCGUACUCGUAAUUGUGAAAAUCCUUCUCUUAUGCUUAAAGUUCCGUCGUGUAAAACAAGUACUUUUCAGUCGUCCCUCUUUAAUCGUAUCGUCCCUCUUUGGAACUGUGUGUGUAAAAGGCAGCCUCGCCUGCAGACCUUCGUAGUUUAAUUAUGUUUAAAUCGUUUUUGUCAAGAACGUACUUACAUUUAAUUACUACUAUUUUUGAUGUAGAUAUGACUUGUACCUGGUCAUUACAUCGAACUUGUUCAUGCCAUAGGAAUUAGUUCGAACAAAACAUAUGCGUAUUGCUUAUGUUUCACUCUCUAUGUUCUUUCACAUUCUUAAUUGUGAAAGAAUUUAAAGUAGUUGGAUUCUCAUUUAAUACUAAAUCCAAAAAUUCUUAAGGUGCGUUUGCACAUAGCGAUUGGUAGGGCCGAUUUGACUCAGGCUGGAUUCAGUUUUAUUUAAAUGAUAUUAAAAUACGCUGUCACAGAGUGGAUACAUGCAGAGCUGUAACUGGCUGUGGUAAGCGCUGCGGAAACUUGCGUUUUCAUGUACCCACUUUUUUUUCAGGCGACCAGGUAAAAAAAAAUUAUCAACUGGUCGUUCUCGGCAAGUUCUGUGAGCGGUUAAAGCGAACCGCCAUCCUAUGGGAUGCAUGCAUCUAGUAACUUGCCAAGCACACACACAAAAAGGUAGGUACACUAGUUGUAGUUCUGUAUAUCUGUCUACUCUGUGUUGUCAACUGAUAUAACUUUUGUCAUUUUAACAUUCGGCAAUACCUGAAAUCGGCCAACCGAUCGUUUGUGUGUAAACGUACUGUUGUGCGGUUUUAAGAAUUGGCUGGUGCUCAAGUAAUUGGCAUAUGUUUUUUCAUAGCUAUUAUUAAUGAAAUAUUUAAGAAAUCUUUACAGUUUGUAACGGGGAGUGCCUCGCAUGGGACUUUGAGUCUCGUUCAUACUCUACCACUUGGACAUGGUCCAACAAAUUGAUUUAAAUAAAUAAAUUUUCACUAUUUGUUAUAUUUUUAUAUAUAUUUUCAUAUAUUUGUUAAAAUAUAAUUUUCUAAUUCAUUUAAUCUGUCAAUUUGAUCUUUAAUGCACCCUCCUAUACAUUGUAAUUUUACUUUGUCUAAUGCCAGAUGAUCAAAACUAAUUGUUCUUUAAAACAGUGGUGUAACUUCACCCCUCCAACCACCCACCCUCAGGGUAAGUUGGACAUGGAGUACUUAGAUAAAGGUAUAAAUUAAGGAGACAACAUGUUAACCCGUUCUGCCACUGCUCUAUAUGGCUAUGUUAAACUGCCUCAAAUCUAGCUUUGGCCCACAAAAAAUGAAAAAACAAACAAGGCAAGUUGCCCAUCGGGCAAGGCAAGUUGCCCUUUGUGGCAAGGCAAGUUGCCCAUCGGGCAAGCAAGAUAAAAUGUUUACUUGUCCGUCAUGCCCUGGGCAAGUGUUAAGUUACACCCAUGUAAAAUCCCAUCAAGUGUUACCAAAUACAAAUAUAUAUAAUUAUACAGAUAUUAUAUUUCAUCACAAAGAUCUUGUCUAAAAGUACACACAAGUGACCACAAAUGACCAUGAGUAAUUUCUGUGUUUAAAACUCAUGAAAUAAUAAUAAAAACUAUUUUAAGGUGGCUCCCUAAGGUUUUUGCAUUAUACUGCACUAUAUAGUAUCCAGAAAACGCCUGUUUCUUCACUUUACAUAACAUGAAGACGAAAUUUAUUGGACUCAUUGACAAUGCUCUCCUGAACAUUGCAAUGUGCUACUUUAGUGCUGAAAGUCAUGGCAACAGCGUGCCAUGGAUAAGGCUAAAAAAUUUUCGACCAUUUUAAAAAUCCCUUAGGGAAAUUUUUUUCGACUAUUGUACAUGUCAGUCUACAGGAACGUAGCAAAGCAUCUAAAGUUGGGGGGCGGGUUGUCGGAGGAUUUUACCUGAAAUUUGAAUUUUUAAUAAAUAUUUACCUAAAGUGUAAUAAUUAUAAUAAAGCUUUUUGUGAUUAACUUGCACUGUCACACUAAGUUUCGGGAGAAAACAGGGGUUUGGGGGUCCUCCCCCAGAAAAUUGUUCCAUUUUUGAAGCUCUAGGACUGCAAUUCUAGCGUUUGCUAAAGCAAAUUUGCAAACAAAUUGAAAAUUUACAAACCAAUUUGAUGUAAAUUGACUGUAUAUUUUACAAACAUGUUUAUCAUUUCACACAUAUAAUUACUUUAUUAUGCAAAUUUUACCUGAAAAUAUCAAAAUUUUAACUGGAACUUUACUGCAUUUUUGUCUGAGUUUCACAGGUGUGUGUGUGUAUGUGUGUGUGUGUGUGUGUGAUUACAUGUCACAUCUCGCAAAAAAUGCCAAAAUUGAACCUUAAUUUCUUCCUUUUCCUUUGGUAAAUUGGUUUAAAAUUUUGCACAUUUCUUAAUAUCGGCUAAACAAGCUCAAUAUCUUUUUUUCUUAAAAUUUUAUUGAAAGGAAUAAUCUAAGAAAUGUUCCAUAGAAUUUUUUAAAAUUGGAAAAAAAUCAUUAAAGGAGAAGAUCUUUUAUGCAAAUUUUUAAAUUCUUAAAAGUUAAAACGGCUGUAAAAAGACAAAUUUUGAGCUUAAUUAUCCAAAGCACGCUUGUCACCAUGGUAACAGACUUUCAGCACAAAAGUAGUAAAUUGCAAUGUUCAGGAGAGCAUUGUCAAUGUGUCCAAUAAAUUUUGUCUUCGUGUCAUGUAAAGUGAAGAAACAGGAGUUUUCUGUAUACAAAAGUGUGGUAUAAUGCAAAAACCCUAUGGAGUUUUAUUAUUUUAUGACUUUUAAACACAGAAAUCACUCAUGGUCAUUCGUAGUCAUUCGUGGUCACUUGUGGUCAUGUCACUUGUGGGUAUUCGUAGUCAUUCGUGUGCACUUUUAGACAAGACCCACCACAAACAUGCCCCCUAAUUCUCUUUGUGAUGAAAAUGUAUAAAAUCUAUUCAUAUUUAGUAACACUCAAUGAGAUUAUCUUAAAUUAGUAUAGGAAAUUGAAUGGUUUGAGAAGUAUUAAUGAAAAAUUGUGUGCGUGUUUGGCAAAAUAUUUAUAAUACCGCGAGUUUGAGGACUUUAGUGCCAUUUUUCAUUAACGCUUCAAGUCCAAGAACAAGUGGUAAUUUCGUAUUAAUAUCCUUUUAGUCAAUUUACUGCAUAAAAAACAGAGUUUUAAUUUAAUGUUGUUUUGAAUUUCCUGCAUCAGUGAACUGUGGGUGCAGAAGUGUGCGAUUUAAACAUCAAUUGCAUAGUAUGCAAUUAUAAUGUUUAAUUUAAGUAUUUAGUACUUUUUAGACAUUUCAACCAAUCAGAAUCGUGUAAAUUGACAAAAAAUUAUAUUUAUAGAAUAGUCAGUGAAUAAAUUAACUUCAUUAUGUGUACCCUGCUUGCAGUCUUUCAGAGGUUAUGUAUGAAAAUAAUAACCUACUGUAUGCCCAUGCCAUACAUGCAAUUUUCUACUAACAGUGGUGGUGCAAAACAUCACCCCACAAGUAUGUACAGUACAUGUACAUACACUAUAUGCAUCAAUGUAUGAUGGGUUGUUUUAGAUGAUUUUGGAUAUGUACAGUUUUAUCUACUAAUAAAUUUUACUCUCAUAAUACAUGUAGAUUCGUCAUGAAUUCAACCAAGCCUUUGAAGAUAUGGAUGCAACUAAAGAAUUGAAAGCUAAGAUGUUGUCAUGCCAAAGCGCAAUUGUGAAAUAUUGUGAAAAGUUUCAACGGAAGGUUUCGUACAUAAAGAAUGCAUUACAGGGUCUUCAAUUCGCCAUUUCUCAGGACCCAGAAAAAAUUCAAGGUACUGUUUUUUUUCCCAUGACAUCAUUACAGUGCAUGUAACAUGUCUUUCCAUGACCAUGUAUUUUGGCCUCUGCAUGCAUAAUGAAGUAUAGGUAUGACUUUGUUAAACUUUAUUUUUACAGUUUGUUUUAAAAUAGCUUACUAUAUUAUUGGAAAAUAAUAUAUAGUUUAUGUGUGUUUUAAGAAUCAAUCAAGAUGGUGUCCAUCAGUCAAUUGAAUACAUAUUUUUAUCCACCAAAAGAAUACAUAUUUUUAUCAUGUAAAAGUACUGCCAGUACUUAAUGUAUAAUAAUUAUUUUUUUAUUUGACAGCUUAUGAAAUUAACAACUUUGCUUUGAUGCUACUUCCUAAACUUCUGGGGAAAAAAUCUUCAAGACAGGAGGACUGUAAAUUAAUCAAGACAUUGUGU